AGUCAGUCGGCCAACGAGCUCCGGCGAACACAGAUCGAUCUUUAGCGAUUUUUCCGAGUUUUGCCCAAAUACAGGAUGAGAUUGUUUAGCCUUCUGCCGCUCCUGGCGCUUCUUGUCGUCCAGGCUGCCGGACAAAGUGAAGUAACCUCUGAUGAUCCUGCAACGGAUGCUGGAUCAACGACCAAUUCCACCACGGACACCAAACCAAGGAUUCCCAGUCAGGAUGAGAUCCUUGGCCAGAUGCCGUCCAUUAAUCCCAUCCGCACUGGCAAUCCCCAGAUGGACGCAUUUUACAUGAUGUUCCCGGCGUUGGGCAGCCUGCUCAAGUGGGGCAGCCUUUUCCCAGCCUACUCGAUUCUGGGCGCCAUUCCCGACAAUCUACAGCCUACAGCGGCAGCCUCCAAGGUGGUCCUUGUCCUGGCCGAUGAUGCGACGGCCAAGACUCGAGUUGCCCGUCAAAAUCCGCCACCAAAUCCACUUGGUCAGCUAAUGAAUUGGCCCGCUCUGCCGCAGGACUUCCAACUGCCUUCCAUGGAUCUGGGACCGCAAGUGGGCUCGUUUUUGGCCCAACUGCCUGCUAUGCCUACCGUGCCUGGUCUUCUGGGUGCCGCUGCUCCAGUUCCUGCUCCAGCUCCUGCUCCCGCUGCUGCUCCUCCUCCGGCGCCAGCUCCAGCUGCAGAUCCUCCGGCAGCACCUGUUCCAGAUGCACCCCAACCAGCCAUACUGGGACAAGCCGCUCUGCAGAACGCUUUCACCUUCUUUAACCCGGCUAACUUUGAUGCCUCCAGUCUUCUGGGCCAGAGUGUACCCACAUUUGCUCCUCCAAAUCUUGAUUUCGUCGCUCAAAUGCAAAGGCAAUUCUUCCCAGGAAUGACACCGGCACAACCUGCUGCCGCUGGCACGGAUGCCCAGGCCUCCGACAUUUCCGAGGUAAGGGUACGUCCUGAGGAUCCGUAUUCGCAAGAGGCACAGAUGAAGAUCAAAUCGGCACUUGAAAUGGAGCAGGAGAGGCAACAACAGGCUCAGGUCAAGGAUCAGGAGCAAGUGCCUCUCCUCUGGUUCCGAAUGCCCACAACUCAGAAUCAGGAUGCGACUGAAGAAAAGACUCUGGAGGAUCUGCGGGUCGAGGCCAAAUUGAGGGCAUUCGAGCGCCAGGUGAUAGCCGAAUUGAGAAUGCUGCAGAAGAUCGAACUUAUGGCUAAGCAGAUGAGGUCCAGCGCCGCAGCUCAAAACGGAGAUUCACCCUACAGAAUCAGUUAUCCACUGAGUCGGACACCCAUUCACAAGAUCACCCGUGCUGAUAUUGAGCAAGCCCUUCGGGAUGAUUAUGUCCGCCGAUUGGUCAACAAGGAAGCGCAACGAAGGGCUAGAAAUUCCGGCAUAAACACCCAGAAGGCAAAUGCCUUGAAGCGACAGGCCAAAUCCCAGGAUCAGACUCUGUCCAAGGAGGAUAUCGUCCAGAUUAUGGCGUAUGCCUAUCGCAUGGCCAACGAACAGAUGGAGAGCGAGAAGGGCAAGCAGGACAAGGUUUACGCGGCCUACAGGACGGAACAGAAUCCAAUGAUGAUGCAGCAAAGACAAUGGUCGGAGGAGCAGGCCAAGAUCCAACAGAAUCAACAGCAGAUCCAGCAAAAUCCAAUGAUGAUGCAGCAACGACAAUGGUCGGAGGAGCAGGCCAAGAUCCAACAGAAUCAACAGCAGAUCCAGCAAAAUCCAAUGAUGAUGCAGCAACGACAAUGGUCGGAGGAGCAGGCCAAGAUCCAACAGAAUCAACAGCAGAUCCAGCAAAAUCCAAUGAUGAUGCAGCAAAGACAAUGGUCGGAGGAGCAGGCUAAGAUCCAACAGAAUCAACAGCAGAUCCAGCAAAAUCCAAUGAUGGUGCAGCAAAGACAAUGGUCGGAGGAGCAGGCCAAGAUCCAACAGAAUCAACAGCAGAUCCAGCAAAAUCCAAUGAUGAUGCAGCAAAGACAAUGGUCGGAGGAGCAGGCCAAGAUUCAGCAUGAUCAACAGAUGGCACAACAGAUGGCACAGCAAGGUCUCAUGAUGACGGAGCAGAGGCAAAGGCAGUGGUCAGAAGAUCAGGCCAAAAUUCAGCAGGCUCAACAGAUGGCCCAACAGACACCCAUGAUGAUGCCACAGAUGCAACAAAGGCAGUGGACAGAGGAUCCCCAAAUGGUUCAGCAGAUGCAACAGAGGCAGUGGGCAGAAGAUCAGACCAGGAUGCAAAUGGCCCAACAGAAUCCAAUGAUGCAACAGCAGCGACAGAUGGCAGAGAAUCCGCAAAUGAUGCAGCAAAGGCAAUGGUCCGAGGAGCAGACCAAAAUCGAACAGGCUCAGCAGAUGGCACAACAGAAUCAAAUGAUGAUGCAGCAGAUGCAGCAAAGACAAUGGUCGGAGGAUCAGGCCCAGAUUCAACAGCAGCAGAGACAGAUGAUGCAGCAGACCCCCAUGAUGAUGAAGGAGCGCCAGUGGGCGGAGGAGAACCCCCAGUCUGUCCAGCAGCAAGGGCCCAUGAUGAUGCAGCAGCAGAUGCCAUCGAUGAUGCAGCGUGAAGUAGAGGACGAAGAUAAUAAGGCAGAGGAUGACUUAGUUGGCGAGGCGGGACCCCAAAUGCCGGAGAACGAAGGCACCGCCAGGCACAAAGUCGAUGCCCUGGGAGUUGGCGGCAACAAGCGCAAGAAGUCCAAGUCCAAGUCGGCGCCGCCAACGGUAAUUAACUAUUACUAUGCGGCACCCCAGCGUCCGGUGGUUCAGAGUUACGGAACAAGCUACGGCGGAGGUGGCUAUGGAUCGAAUGCCUAUGGUGUUCCUCGUCCAGUCAAUUCGUAUCAAAGUCAAGGCUACAGGGCUGCCGUGGGUAACGAUGAGGUAGAUGAGAUGUUGCGCCAGCACCAGACAAUGGCCAGGACAAUAAACCCGAAGCAACCAGGCGAAGUCGGUGGAUCGGAGAGCCAGAAGAGCAACUCUAAUCCUCCAACGACGUUGACACCAGCUCCACAAGAGCAACCGCAAGAGCAUCGAGUCCACAAAAGGUUAGCACAUUUCCACAGGUUUGGGCGAGAGGCAGGGUUAAAUGCGACCACAUCCAAGGGUUGCGGAUGUGGCAGGUUGGAUUGUCUGUGCGGCAGGAGUUGUCGAUGCGGAAGAAGAGGCUUGGAAUCUAGAGUGGUUUCUAGUAGAACUUCGGGAACUUGCCAGUGCAAAGCCAGUCACCGGAACAAGCGUAGCGUUGAAUAUGGAACCUUGGAGACCAUCGAUGAGGGUUCUCUUAACGAACUUAGAAGAGAAUAUAAACUGGGACUAAAAGAGAUCACGCUGAGUCCAGAUGAAGAUCCCGCCGAGGCCCUGAUGCGCUACAAUGCGGCCUCCAUUCGCGAAGCUUUGGAGCGAGCCAGUAUGGAACCGCUGGAGAUCGGUGGGGAUCAGUAUGAAGAGGAUGCGCAACAGGAGCCCAUGGAGGAGGAGCAACUACAGCAUGAUCCCAACACAGAGCCCCAGUACAAUCAUAAGGACUUUGUGCGGCUAACCACUUCCACAGCAUCUCCGAUCACAAGUACCACAGAAGCUGCCACUCCAACAGGCAGUGACUCUACUUCAGAAGCAACUGUGACACCUGAAGUCACCACCACCACUAGCACAUCCACAACAACAACAACCGAAAGCACCAAAGAUGAGGGACUGGACAUGCAGCAAGACUCACAGGCUGAGGCUGAGAGUUCUCAUGUCACCAAGUCGAUAUCGAAGCAGGAGGCCGAGAUUCAUCAGCUGCACAGUAUUGUGGAGGAGCUGAAGAAUGAGAUCCUUAAACUGAAUUUGCGUUGCAGCACGAUAAUAUCAAACAAUGUGGCCAAAGAACCGGUCACAGAGAAGAACCCACCCGUGGUGGAGGAACCAUCCAAGCAGGAGGAUAAGCCAAAGGUGGAGGAGAAAGUGAUUGCCGAAGAGCAAGCCCCAGUGGAGCAGGAGGAAGAGCUGGAAGAGGACGAGGAUAGUACCUCUAUUAGUACGACCACAGAGACUCCUUCACCAAGUGGUAGUUACUCAACAAAACCUGGACUUUCCCUUGGAUCGCCUAGAGUGGAUGAACAAAGUGGCUCGUCCAAUAAACUGGACUACGACGACGAUAACAAUUGGCAACGCAUUCUGGCCAAUCGUGGCUAUGACACGGACUACCUAACCAAAUCCCAUGAGCGUCAGUUUGCCCAGGGUCAAAACCUGGAGAUGCCCAAGAACUGCAAUUACGAUGGAAAUGGCAGCCAAGAGUAUGGCCCCUAUCCGGAGUUCCAAGCAGAUGAACCCAGCACGGAUACGGAGGGCAAGGCUAAAAGGGCUUUAAGUGUGAAACAACAGGCGCAGCUGCUCAAUGCGGCCCUAAAUGAUAGUGGAAGCGAUUCGAGCGAUGGCACCACCACCACCACCACACCCUCUCCGUACGCGAUGAGGGGAAAGUUUGUGAGACGGAGGAGCACGGCAAGAAGGGUUCCCAUUCCAAAGAUAGGAAAGGCGAGCGACGAGGUAUGGGUACGAUCUCCUCGUCAAGCGAAAAUGCCCCAACGACCCAAGAAGUCCAUGUCCAAGCCGAAAAAGCAGAGCUCGCAGGUGACUACGCAGGCCACCGUGAGCAGCACUAAGCUGGACAGUUUGGUGGAUGUGCUCAAGGAUCUGGUGCGCCUGCAAAUUCAAAAGGAGAAAAAAUCCAGCCUAUUAAGAACCCAGAGCAAUAACCUUUCGAAAACCAAACCCAAAUCUAUUAAGCCCGUCAAAGUCAUCAAGCGAAAAAGGUUGCGCAGGAGGCAACACAAGUCUAUUGCCACGACCAUCAGGAGUCCCAUUCAAACGAAAGCAUAAGAUUUCAGCCCAUUUAACUAAUUCACAGAUCCCAACUAAUCCUAUACAUAAUUUAGAUAUAGUAUAAGCAUAUUCACUAUUCGUUCGCAAUUCAUUCAUAUCCAUCCAUCUUUCAUUUGCAUAUCCCUCGUCCAUAUCGCCAGUCCAUCAUCAGCACCAUCCGAAACCGAAAUCGAAAACGCACCAUCAUCUGACCCCCAAGUGGGUUCCAUUUUCACCUACGGCGAGGGAUUGCUGCAUCCGUUUAUGGGUCUGCUGCCGGUGGAGAGGCCCGAUGAUCCGUGGAACCAGAAGCCAUACGAUCCUCACCAUCCUCUCUACACGGGCGGUGGGAGCUACGAUGCCUAUCUGAGGGACGGUCGCCAUCGAAGGGACACGCACAUCAUGGGUCAAGGUACGCAGCAUGGCAUCCUGACACCCGGCAUGUUGGAGAGACUUCUUCGGAUCAAGAUGGAUUUCCAGCGUAGAUUUCCCCAUUUGUACAAGGGUAUGCUGAAUCACCAUACGAAUCUUACCCGUGUAGAGGUACAGCCUCCGGUUCUGGGCAAGAUUUCUAAGCCGAAAACUAAGACCAAGCCCAAGAAUGAGGACGAACCCGUCUUCGAAUUGGGAGCCGCUGAGCGUAGCCUGUUCGAGGACGAGACCAACGAUUCUUUAGAGAAAGAUCCCGAACCAGAACCGGAUGAGGAGGAUGACCGGGAUGUGGAAGAGCCCAGCGAGAGCAGUGAACCUAGGGGAUUCAGCAGCAAAAAAAGCCGGGAUGAGAACGACAUCGAUUACUUCAAUUUCGAUGACGAUGAUGUUGAUGAUUGACUUUUAUUAUAAUUGCCAAUAAAAAUUAAUAUUAU